AUGAUCGCCGUUAACGCGAACGACACGUUUUACGCUGAUCCUUUUCCCGUUCCAUUUCUCUCUUCGGACAGCGUCAACACCCACGCCGCACAACCACCAGCAUCUUCCGGUAUCGACCCAAAGAUCGCAUCACACGCCGUCGCUUCGCGCGGCGAGGGAGAACUUUGGGAUUACAUGCGCGCCUCGAACGAACCCAGCAGCGACAUGGCGGCGGGUGAGCUCGAGGACAUUAUUCUCCGCGCCGCUUCGUCGUCCGCUGUUCAGAAUGGCGUAGCUUUACCAUCAUGGUCGCUCGACUUUGCAUCGGAUGCCGUGGUUCCCGCCGCGACCGCCGCUACCUCAGCUGGGGGGGUUGGCGGCGGAUUCUCGUACUACACCGCCCAGGCCGACGCAGCGUCACUGCCGCAGAACACGGCGCAAAACGCGCCGCAGAACACGGCGCCGCAGCAGUUUCACCAGGAGUGGUCGAAUGGCGGCGCAUGGGCGAACAGCGGACGGGAGUAUCAGUCGGGAAACGGGCGGGGUUUGGCUGACUUUCAAGGAAUUCGCCGACAAAACGCCAGUACUGCCAGUACGAUAGCCGAUGCUGUGGCAUUCCAAGGCCGCACGGACAAUGAUUUUGCCAACAUCGGCGAAGGCAUGUCGCAGUUUUGGUCACAGGAUGCCGGCGGAACCGCAACCGCCCCCGCCGCCGGCGUUACUAGCCACGCCGCGAGUCAUGACGGCGCCGGCUUCAGUCCUGGCCACCUACCCGCCAUCCUCCGCUCCCUCGCGGCGCACCAGCAGGCCGUUGAGGCCCUCGCGCCGCUCGCUACCGAGCCGCGGCGGCAGACUGGUGAAUGGGAUGGGCGCGCGGGGGAAGGUGCCGUCCGCGCCGCUGCUGGAUGGUGCAGUUCCGCCAGCCUGCCCCCCGCGAUGGCGGCGGCGGCGGCGGCGGCGGCAGCGUCUGCGCCGGGUUUCCUGCCGGCGGAUGGCGUUUUCCCGCCGCUUCCCCUCACACGCCCGGCUCUCACAGCUUCAUUCCAGCGCUCCCCCCCUUCCGCCGCGCUCGCCGCUGCAUUCCCCGCUGCAUUCCCCGCGUCAUCCUCUUCCGCCUCGUCCGCGCACCUUGCCGCGUCCGUCGCCGCUUCCCUCGCCGGCGAGCGACUCGCCUUGGUAGGAGGCGGAACGAGUUUCGAGACGUCUCAAGACCCGCAACUUCCGCAACUCGAACCACGGGACGGCUCGGCAGGACACGGCUUGGCACGCGGCGGAAUGGUGUCUAAAGCGGGUGCAGAAGCGACGGCGGAACCGGGAGCAGCGCAGAACUCGAGCGCCAUUGACGCUCUCGCGUCCAUGAUCCUAGUUGCUGCAGCUGCAGGUGCAGCGGGCGGGCAAGGUGGCGGAUUCGCCCCCCGGGGGCCCCAGCAGGCGGGGAUGGGCGGCGCCAGCGCCAGCAGUGGCGGAAUCGCUGGUGGUGAUGCAACUGGGGGAAUGUGGGGAGGAAUUGGAGGGGGAAUGGAUGGGGGAAUGGGUGGGGGGAUGGUUGGGGGGGUGGGGGGAGAGGGAGACGAGUGGUGCAACGGUGAUGUGGUGGGGAAGGUGGAAGCAGAUGGAGCUGGGUAUGGGGACUUUGGGAAUACUAGUGCUGGGCAUGGUUUCUAUGGGCACGUGGAUGUAGAUGCGCAACUGCAGAGGAGAAACACGGCAACCAGCGGCACUGGGAACGUGGGGACCAUUGGAGACGUGAUUGUCAGUACCAGUACCAGGGCUGAUGUGAAACGCGCCCGCAGGAGCAGCAGCAGCGGCAGCUUGCCGCCCCCCCUGCACCACUCCUACGAGGACACGUGUCCAGCUUCUGCUGCUGCCUUCGGAAUUUCCCAAACUCGCCAAGCUUCCGCUGCUGCUGCUGCUGCUGCUGCUGGCGCUGCCACUGGUGUCGCUGCUAGCAGUGCCAUGGCGCCCCUGUUUGCAGUGCAUCAGAAGUCGUCCCCACAGAACUUACGCCUGCCUGCUGCUGCUAGCGCCGCCUUGCCUCUUUCUGCGCAGAUUCCACAGAGCCUGCGGGAGCAGCUACAGCAGCAGCUGCAGCUGCAGCAGCUGCAGCGGCAGCAAAGCAAUCUGAGUGGCAGUGUCAGCGGCGGCGGUGGUGCGAGUGGCGGUGGCGCAAGCGGCGGUGCUGCGAGCGGUGGGGAGGGGCGUACCUGGGCAGGUACCACCACCAACACCACCACCACCACCUCCCUUGGGGGGAUGGCCGGGGCGGUUUCAAGAGUGCUCCCCCUGCACACUCAGGCAGUACCUAUUGCCCCCUCGGCUUUUGAGACGUCUCAGACGGUUUCUGGGGCGUUCCUCCUGCACACGCAGACAGCCCCUAUCGCCCCCUCGCCCCUCCCCAUCCCCCCCCAACCUGUCGCCAAUCCCCUUCACCCUCCGCGUUCCACUUUCCCCCCUAGCGCCCCCCCAGAUUCGCCACUAAUAGACGAGAAACCAGAUGCAGUGGCCCAAGCAACGGCUGAGGUGGGCAGGAAGCGGCAAGCGAGAGGGGAGACUCGGAAACGCGGACGGGGAGGCGAGAGAGGGGGCAGAGUGGCAGGGGGGAGGCAGCAGGGAGCGAGUGACGGGGCGUGGGAGGAGGGAGGUGCAGGGAGGAUAAAGCAGCAAGGAGCGAGUGAAGGGGCAUGGGAGGUUCGCGCAGGAGACGGAGGCGCGGGCGGUGGAGCUAGUGCUGCUGUGGGAGGGUUUGAGGAGGGGGAAGGUGCGGAGGGAACGCGAACUCUGGGAAGGGUGUCUGGCGCAUGUCUUGCUGCAAGGAAGCGGAGGGAACGCAUAGCGAGUCAGAUGCGCACGCUGCAGCGGCUGGUGCCGGGCAGCAGUCGAGUGGACACUGUCUCUGUUCUCUCUGAUACCAUCCGCUUCCUCUGCAGCCUCAUUCACCAGAUUCAGUCGCUAGGAGCAGAGCCGGAGGGGUAUUCCACCAGAGAGGCUGCAGAAGCAGCAGCAGCAGAGGUGCAAAAGCUGGUUCGAGACGACGUGAUAGCAAGCCGUCGCCCUACAGCCAAUCAGAGGGCUCCUUCUCAAGGUGUCACAGCAGCAGACCCAGCUGUAGAAGGAGGGGCGGCUGUAGCAGCAGAAGGGCCUAUAGUACCAGGUAGGGCUGUAGCAGCAAGUGGGGCAGUAGCUAGCCCCAACGCCCCUCAAGGCAGCACACACACGUCCUCCCAGGGGCCCUCGCAGUCAAUGCUUCCCACUGUCUCCACCACUUCACCCUCGUUGGAGGGAUCCAUGGCCCGUGGUGACGGUGAUGCUGUUGCUGAUGCUGAUGGCAGCAAGGAUGGUGACUAA